AUGUCUGAGACAUUCCAGAAGAUAGAGAAAAUAGGGGAGGGGACUUAUGGGGUAGUUUACAAGGCGCGGGAGAAGAGUUCAGGUCGGAUUGUGGCUUUAAAGAAAGUGCGGUUGAGUGAUGAUAGGGAGGGAGUGCCAGCUACUACGAUAAGAGAGAUAUCUUUACUGAAGAACUUGAAACACCCGCAUAUUAUUGCAUUAUACGAAGUGAUAUAUACGGAGAACAAGUUGUAUUUAGUCUUUGAGUAUGCGGAGAUUGAUUUGAAGAAGUACUUGGACUACUUACGGAAGGAGAGACGGAGUUUAGGUCGGGAACAAGUACGAGAUUUUGCCUACCAGUUAGUUUCGGCUUUGCAGUACUGUCAUUCAAUUGGGAUCUUGCAUCGGGAUUUGAAGCCUCAGAAUAUUUUGAUUACGGGAGAUAAGAUAAAGUUAGCUGAUUUUGGGUUGGGUAGAUUAGUAGGAGUGCCUUUGCAUACUUUGACUUGUGAAGUAGUUACUUUAUGGUACCGACCGCCGGAAAUACUUUUAGGAGCUAAACAUUAUGCCACUUCAGUAGAUGUUUGGUCUUUGGGCUGUAUUAUUGCUGAGUUUGUUCUGUUGAAGCCAUUGUUUCCUGGUGAUUCCGAGAUAGAUCAGUUGUACAAGAUCUUUCAAGUACUAGGAACUCCUAAUGAGCAAAGAUGGGAGGGAGUGACGGCCUUGAAGAACUUUCAGCCGGAAUUUCCUUUAUGGGAAGUAGCUGGAGUUGACUUACCAGAUAAGGAGUGUCAGUCACUAGUUAAUGACUUGUUGGUUUAUAAUCCGAUGGAAAGACCUUCGGCUAAAUCUAUUAUGAUGCACCCAUACUUUCAAGUAUAUCAAUAA